CGCUCCGGUUGGUCUCCCUCAGUUGUCGGUGCGGCCGGCGGGGCGGAUCCCAGAAGAAAAAAAAAAUAAAAUAAAAAGAAAGCAACAUCAUUACAGACUAAAACAAUUUAACAUUCAAAAAGUCAUUAUUUAUUCCCUUGUGGAUAAAUAGAAACUGAAAAGAUGCCCUCAGCGACUAUUGGCAACAGGACGGUGCAGUCCUCCAGUCCGGAGGUGGGGUCCUAUGCAAUUUCCCCACAGAGCAAACUUGAUGACUAUCAAGCAAAGCUGAACAAAGGAGAACGCCUCAACCAGGACCAGCUGGAGGCAGUGUCCAAGUUCCAGGAGGUGGUAAACAACCUCGACUUUGCCCGGGAACUGCAGAAGAGCUUUCUGGCUUUGGGACAAGAUAUCCAGAAGGCGGUGAAGAAGGCGGCGCGGAGGGAGCAGCUCCAGAGGGAGGAGGCCGAGCAGAAGCGCCUCAAGACAGCGCUGGAGCUCCAGUUCCUGCUGGACAAGCUGGGGGAGGAGAGCGUGCGCAGCGAGCUCAAGCAGGGCGCCGGCGGCACCCCGCUGCUCGGCGACGAGGAGCUCGCCGCCCUGGACGAGUUCUACAAGCUGGUGGGGCCGGAGCGUGACCAAAACAUCAGGCUGUGUGAGCAGUAUGAACACGCAUCCCUGCACUUCUGGGAGUUGCUGGAGGCGAAGGACAAGCCUGUGGCAGGAACAACAUACAAAGCACUGAAAGAGACACUGGACAAGGUUCUUCAGAGUGGGUAUUUCGACAGAGCCCACAACCAUCAGAACGGGGUGUGUGAAGAGGAGGAGCAGCCGCCAGCAGUGGAGGCCUUGGAGGUGGAGGAGCAGCCAGCAGAGCCAGAAAGUGAGGUUACUGAGGAUUACACUGAACCCAGUGAAGUGGAACCCACAGAAUUUGUCAACAGACAGUACAUUUCAGAGGCUCCAUAUAGCAGCAGUGACAAAGAACAAGGAGAUGAAUGGAGUUCGGAGACAGAGGUUGUUUGUGCCAUUCAGCAGCAGCAGCAGCAGCAGCAACAGCCUGUGCAGCCAGCACCUCCCACAGAGCCCCACACGCUAAACCCCGUUGCCCCCACGCCUCCUGCGGACCCUGUGGUCAGGAAGCAGCGGGUACAGGACCUCAUGGCACAAAUGCAGGGCCCCUACAACUUCAUGCAAGAUUCCAUGCUGGAGUUUGAUGGCCAGGCGAUCGAUCCAGCGAUUGUGUCCGCACAGCCCAUGAAGCCUGCUCAGAGUAUGGAAAUGCCACAGAUGGUCUGCCCCCCAGUUCAUGCUGAAUCCAGAUUGACACAACCUAACACGGUACCUGUACAGCCAGAAGCCACACAAGUCCCCCUGGUCUCCCCCACGCCUGAAGCUUUCUCUGCAACGCCACCUCUGUAUCAGCCAUCACACACAACAGAUCCCCGACCGCAGACGGAAAACAUUGACCCGAUCCAGGCCUCUAUAUCGUUGACGUCGGAGCAGCCCCCUGCCUCCUCCGCCUUGCCUGCAGUGUCCCAGCCCCAGGUGUUCCAGGCUGUGCCCAGCAAGCCACUCCACAGCAGCGGCAUCAAUGUCAACGCUGCCCCAUUCCAGUCCAUGCAGACGGUUUUCAAUUUGAAUGCCCCCGUUCCUCCUGCCAAUGAAACGGAGGCCUUGAAGCAGCCAAGCCAGUACCAGACAAGCUACAGCCAGAGCUUCAGCAGCCAGACGCAGCACCAGGUGGAGCAGCCUGAGCUACAGCAGGAGCAGCUGCAGUCUGUUGUUGGCGCUUUCCACACCCAAGACCAAACCAUCCCGACCACAGCAGGUCACCAGCAGCUGUCCCAGCAGCCUCCGCAGCAGGGCAGUGGCUUCGCCCGACCCGGCCAGUCCUUCUACAACAGUAGGGCCAUGUCUCGUGGGGGACCCAGGAACUCGCGUGGCAUGAUCAAUGGCUACCGUGGACCCUCCAAUGGCUUCAGAGGUGGCUACGAAGGUUACCGGCCCUCUUUCUCCAACACUCCAAACAGUGGCUACGGACAGUCGCAGUUCAGCACGCCUCGCGACUACUCCAACAGCAGCUAUCAGCGGGAUGGGUACCAACAGAACUACAAGCGUGGAGCCGGCCCGGGGCCUCGAGGUUGCUCUCGAGGUCGUGGGGGACCAUACAGGCCUGGAAGAGGGAUUCCCCACAUGACGGCUCAACAGGCUAAUUAACACGGACUUCGCUGUCAGUAUCUGAAACCUUGUAACACCUACUCUCCUCCCAACACAGGACGCACCCCUUCCUAUCCCGGUUCUUCAGAUCCCAUGAACAUCUGGUCACUGGUGCAGACCUAACCGUGCUUUUUAUGAGUCAUUCGCCCACUAUGUGGGAGGAAGGAUCACUGGCGUCUGCAGAGCAACAUCCCCACAGGAUCUUUCUGUAAAACCCAAAGUUGUCCCUCAAUCCUUCGCUGUUAUGACCUUUACAAAAAUGAACAGGAAACAUUUUGUGCCUUUAUCAUUAAAAUGAUUUGUAGAUGAUCGCAGAUUGUCCAGAAAUGUGAAAAUGGUUAAGAAGGACAUUCUUUUACUAUAGAUUCAAAUAAGCCCUUGAAUCCCCAGACUUCCAAGACCUGGAAGCCUUGUCAAGUUGUUUUCACAUGACAGCUCUGUCAACCCGUCAUGCAGGCACUGCUGAUAAACUCAUUUACAGUACAGAAACUACGAAUUUGUAUAUUGGUAUGCAACAAAUUUGCAAAACAUACAGCCAAGCAUGGACGUAGCUCAUAUGGUACCAAUAAGGUGCAUGGGCCAUGAAGAUCUCAGAAAAACGCAUGGCAAACUACAACCCUAAGGAGCACAUCUGAACUUCAUGGUAACUUUUCCCUUCAAGCUGCUGCUAGACUGCACAUUCUAUGUAUAUAAUGGAAAGCUGCAUAUCUUGGAACAGGAUAGGGGGUGUCAACAUAUAAAUUAAUUAGCAUUUACAGUACCAAGCUAAUUAGGAAUCCCAUGUAGUCUGAAUAUGAUAUCAAAUUCUGAUUUCAUCUGUGGUCUCAACCAGCCUCAUUUCUCUGGUUCUAAAUCCCAAUGUUUUUUUUCUUCAGUAUGGCAGUGUCUCAAGGCAGACUGGUUAAAGUUGGUGAGAGAUGCGAGAGUGGGAAGCAAUCGUUAACCUUAUAAAGAGCUUACCAUUUGUAUGCAAUUGCAGUAAAGUGGACCAGAUAGAACCUGGAGCUUGUUCUGCUGUCGCAAAGCUUUUCUUUUCAAGGCAAGUCAUUAAAAAGUUAAAACCCAAGUCUUGCCUAGUAUUAAGAGUCAGAUCAGAUAUCUUAGGAUGAAUGGACUUCCAUAUAGUUGCCGGGCAUUUGACACUGGAAUUACAUAACACUGUUGCUUUCUCCACCUUUUUUUCUAGUAGCAUUUCGUGUUGAUCAGACAAGGACACAUCUCACUCAUAUGAUGUGCCUAAUGGGUACACUGACUCUCCAGUUUUGAGUAAGCGCCCACUGAACAUCACCACUUUACUGAUGGCAUAAUGUGGCUGUGGACAAAUGUGAAUGUGGUUGAAUUGUUAAAAGGCUUGAAGCAGGUGGGAAAAAGUAUUUGUAGGCUCCACUGCACACUGCCAUUCCUUGUAUAUUAUAGUUUUUACAUACUCAAAGUUUUGUGCUCCCUCUUGGAUAUUGGAUAGUGCAAAUAGUUUAAUUUACUCCAAAUAUUUUCUCUAGUGCUUUUUUGUGGCUUCUUGACAGUCAGUCGGGCACAUUACAUGACAGCACACUUUUGUUAUAACACAAAUGCAUUUAAUUGAUUUAAGUCUUGUGUCUUAUUCCGUUUAUCAGGCUAGUGUUUCUUCAGCUUAUUAAAACCUUUGUUUCUGCUUUUCUCAGGUGUCAAUGCACUGUCAGGUCCUGAAUUCCUUGCUACAGUACUUUUAUUUAGAUAAGAGAUGAGCUGGAAGGAGGACCUAUCAUGAGUCUUCCUUCUAUGUACUGUAUUUAACAAUGAAAGAACCCUCCUGUCUUUUAGAUCCUCAUUUGUUUUGCAGUGUAAAAGGGAACAAAAUUAAAUGUAGCCAACAGAGUGCUUCUGUUGCUCACAUGCAUCUGUUUGCCUGUAGGAACAGCACUUGGAGAGUGGAAAGGGUUUCUAGGUACUUGAAUUAUGAAGGAAAUAUUUUCUUUCCCAACAAAGCUGACAGAAACUCUUGAAAAAACCUACACAGUGUCUGAUGCUGUUUGCCACUAGAUAUUUAUGCUAUACCCCUGUAAGUAGUAUGGCAGAAUACAUGAGAAAAUGUGAACAUCAUUCUGUAAAUAAAGCCUUGAAGAUGUGCCUGUCAUGGAUCAUUUGGGCUAUAGGGGCCCCUUGUGACUUCAUGGAAAUUGCAAAGUGUUUACACAAAGGACUGCUGAUGCAGAACAAAACCACCUGUAAAUUCUAGUAAAAAAACCCUUACAAUUUACAUGAUUUUUUUUCCAAUAGAACAUAUAGUAACUUUUGAUUUGAAAAUUUUAGCACUAUAUACACAGUUACUAUAACUUGAGUAGCCAUAGUAAAAGAAAAAAAAACCUUGUGGUAACAUACAUUGAGCUUUUUUAUGAGUGUGUGUGUGCAGUUCUGAAUGUGACACAUUUGCCACUUACAGCCAAGAAUGAUCCCUGUACAAAUAAAUGCCAUGCUUAUGGGAAGUGUAUGGUUUUCCCAUCGGCCCUCUGUAUCUGUAAGCCUCUUGUGUUGGUCCAACUGGUUUGUAGGCUGGGCUGUCAACUGCUAACUGUGCGUUCAAUUCCUGCACCCAGUGGCAGGCAUUUCAGAAACUCCUUGCUCCACCUGCCUCCAGAAAAGUAAGAUUACAAACUGGACCACAGACAACUUCUGUCACAGCACAUUGUCAGUGACUUGAUCUACAGUCAUACUACCUAGUAUACUUGCUCAAAAUUAAAUUGACCAAUUCAUAGACUAUAGGACAGCUGUUUGGUUUCUCUUCUUUCACAUGGUGAAGAUGAAAGCUUAAGACUUGGGUCAUUAAGCAUUUUUAUGAAGUGUAGGACUGCUUGAAUUUGUAGAAUACUGGUACAAUGUAAAUUAUAUUUGGGUUGAACAAUUAUGGAGGAAUAUUGUUUUUAAUUCAGUCUGGAUGCAAGAACACAAUAGCUGCACUUAUUUGAUUGAUCUGUUGAAAGCCUGAACAUUUAAUGUGAUUUUCUGAGAAUAGUGAUAGAAUUGCAAUAUACAGUAUAAGAGUGUGCACACUCUGAUACAUUACAGCUAAUCUACCAGUUCAAGCAAGUAUCUUCAGACUCUUAACUGAACCCAUUUCUUUUGGGAUGAGAGGUCAGAUACCUGUACUAGAGAUUUUCAACAUCAUUUCAAUUAAUUUUCUGGCUUUAGAUUUUUCCACGCUCUUUUAAUGUAAUAAACGAUGCUGUUUAUGUUUUGAUGUACUUUGAAAUGUGGACCGAAAUGAACUCCAUCUUUUUGGCUCUAGGAGGUGUUUAAUUGAAUUGAUAAGGGUAGAGUUCAGCUUUCAAUCUUUCAGUCAGUACACUAUAUGAUACUGUAUUGAUUCGCCUUAUGUAAUUGGCCGAUUCUAAUAAUUUAAUAAUUAAACCUUUUAGGUCUACUUACAUGGAGCUUGGCCUUCAGUGUCAAGGAGCCUAUUUUUAAGUGUGGUUGUAGUGUACUGAGAAUACCAUUGAUCCAUUCAGACAUUUCCUUGCAGUUCAGUUACUGUAUUGUAUACUGUGCUGUAUACUGAAGAGCGUGAACUGCGGUACUUUUUAAAUUAAAAAUCUGUAAAUGCCAGUUUCAGUGGUUUUGAUUUGGUCAAGUCAGCUUAAUUUUGAACUGCCUGGUUUACUGGUGGCAUUGUGAUGUAGACCAAAAACAUCUGUGGAGUCCUGUGGUGGAAAAAAAUAAAAGGUGUUUUUAUAAAA